AUGGGAAUCUUUGGCUUUGGAUCAAGCACUGUGCCUACCGCAGAACAACCUCAACAAGACGCCGAUGACUUGUAUUCACCUACAUCUAAUUCUUUUGAAGAGACUUCAUUCAAUGCUGGGGACGACAGUGGCUAUGAAAAGAUGCCCGACUUCAUGUCAAGUAUUGCUCUUGACGCCAAUAGACUUCAACCCAUGUCUUUGCAGGGCCUUGACUUUCUACAAGUAGAAGAUGCUCCUGUUGGCACAUCUAGUGGUUUGGCACCUUCUCGUGGUUGGUCUGACGAUCUUUGUUACGGUACAGGUACCACUUACUUGGCAGGGUUGACUUUGGGUGGUGCUUACGGUAUGAUGGAGGGUCUCAAAAAGAGCUCUGGUGCUCCUAGAGUGCGUUUAAAUACUACUCUCAACUCAAUCACACGCAGAGGCCCUGGUGUGGGUAAUGCAGUUGGCGUGAUUGCUAUGAUUUACAAUGGUACCAAUUCAUUGAUCGACUAUUCAAGAGGCACCCAUGAUGUCUUCAACAGUUUAGCUGCUGGUGCUAUUUCUGGUGCCAUCUUCAAGUGUACAGCUGGCCCUCGAGUUGCAGGCAUCUCUGCUGCUGUGUGUGCUGGUGUCGCUGGUGCUUGGACAGUGUUGGUUGAUGUUUUGACUGGAUAA